AUGAACCGCAGUAUACGAACGAAUUUAGUCAGUCGCUGUCUUCUGCUCCUCCUUUGCGUCUCGGAUGCUGUUUUUCACGAGAUCGACGCGACCUCCGGGACGAACGAACCCGACAGAAAUUCUGCGGUACAGCCAUACAGACAUCCGAGAAUGUACCGACGCGGUUACCAGGAUGAUCACGAUUCCGACGAUCAUCACGACGAUCAUCAGGACGAGCAGAAGGACAUGAAGGCCAUGGUGCAGCCGAAAGUCGACUAUUGGGGCGGCUACUACGACUUCCUGAUCAACGAGGGAAGUUACAAGUUCUGGGCCGUGUUUCAGCUCGCCACCGCGGCUCUUCUGAUCUACAGUGGCUUCGCGGCGCUUUACUACGCUAAAGUGAAUCCGCCGACCACCGACGACGAGUUCGACGAUAUAUUUCGUCGUCGAAGAAGACGACGAUCGUUGUUCGCGCCACCCUGCGACAGACCGUUCUGCGGAUUGGACAGUGCCACGUUUCAGAGGAUAAUGGACGCAGUUUCGAGGGAGAUUCACUGA